AUGUCUCUGGCCCCUUGGUUCAGGUGGAGUGAGCCCCAUGGCCGGCCCUCCCAGAGGAACCCGGCUGAGAUGAUGUCUGACACACUCAUGGUUGAGCUCAGCUGGCAGAUCAAGCAAGCUGAGAAACAGCAGCGAGAAAGGGAAAACAAAUAUAGGAAGAUCCAAACGGGUGUGGACUACAGCUGGCUGGUCAACCAGCCCCAUAACUCCUACGAUAUCAGCCCAGGGGAGCGGCUCCAGCUAGAGGACACAUGCACCAAGAUCCAUCCUUCUUAUUGCGGCCCCAUCAUCCUCAGGUUCCGGCAGCUGAUUGCUGAGUAUGAGCCGGAAGUCCAGGAGCUGUCCCGACUCUUUCACUCCGUCUUGCAAGAGGUGUUGGAGAAAAUGAAGGAGGAGGAGGAAGCCAAGAAGCUGACAAAACAGUGGAACACCAGACCCCGCACCAGCCUGUCUCUGACCUCCUUUAAGGGCCGCUCUCGGAUCUUCCCCUUUGCCAGCGACAUCAAGACCAUCUCAGAGGAUGUGGAGAGGGGCACAGAGCCCGGACAGAGGGUCUGGAGUUUGCCCGAGUUUCAGAUGCACAAGAAUGACUGA